UUCAUUCAACCAUUUACCGCCCUUCAAUGGCGCUGCAAAUUUCAAUCCGCGAGAGUCGGUCGAAGAUGGCAUCGCGCGAUGCGUUAACCGAUCGAGCAUCGUCGUUUCUACGGUUCGGUUAAAAACUAGAGCGGCGGCUGGGCGGGACGCGGGAGAUGCAGUUGCCACCGCCAUCUUUCCCUCCUGCGUUUCUGGGUUUUUCGAAACCCCCUGAAUUCUCCACUUCACAGAGAAUUCGCGUUCGGGAGCAAAAUCUCAACUUGGCGUCGGGGUCGAUGCGACAUUGCCGUGAUUUAGCGCGGUCGCGGUUACAGCUUGAGGACUGAUGAGUGCCGUGAAGCCCCUGUCCGGUGCCGUCCACAGCUCGAUGCGUUCUGGGGUGGUUUUGUUCGACUUGGCGAGUGUGGUCGAAGAGCUAGUCUUCAACAGCGUGGAUGCCGGUGCCAAGAAGGUAUCAGUUUUUGUGGGUAUCAGCAACUGUUUUGUGAAAGUGGUUGAUGAUGGAUCUGGCAUUACUCGGGAUGGCUUGGUGUUAUUGGGAGAAAGAUAUGGUGAGCUGUGUGAAGAGGGCCUUCUAGAUGUGAGAGAUAGGAGUAUGCUGGUGACAUCCAAAGAUCAUCAACUGGAUGACAUUGACUCUUGUUCUGGGAGCUUUGGUUCUCGGGGAGAAGCACUGGCUUCAAUUUCUGAUAUUGCCAUACUGGAAAUUAUAACCAAAGCUCCUGGCAAACCGAAUGGAUAUCGCAAGGUUUUAAAGGGAUCCAAGUGUUUGCAUCUUGGAGUUGAUGACGACAGAAAAGAUGCAGGCACAUCGGUUGUAGUUCGUGAUUUAUUUUACAAUCAACCUAUUCGGAGGAAGUCUAUACAAUCGAGUCCCAAGAAGGUCUUGGAGUCCAUCAAGAAGUCUGUAUUCCAUGUUGCGAUCAUUUACUCAGAGAUAUCCUUUCAAGUUGUUGAUAUUGAAAGUGACGACCAGCUGCUCUGUACGCGUGCUUCCACCACCCCUUUGUCAAUGUUGAGAAGCUUUUUUGGAAAUGAGGUUGUCAGUUUUCUUCAUGAGAUGAAUGCUCGUGAAGGAUCAUUAAAGCUUAUGGGCUACUUGUCUGGUCCAUGUGACUCUUUUGCAAUUAAGGCCUUCCAGUAUGUAUACAUAAACUCACGGUUUGUUUGCAAGAGCCCUAUUCAUAAAUUGGUCAAUCAACUUGCCAAAGAGUUUGAGUAUGUAAAUGCACAAAGGAGUAUCGACGGUUUGCAGAAGGGCAAGAGAAGUAGGUCUUGCGCAGGUCCAGCUUACAUUUUGAAGCUGAGCUGUCCUCGUUCCCUCUAUGACUUAAGCUUCGAGCCAUCAAAGACAUCUGUUCAGUUUAAGGAUUGGGUUGCCAUACUUGCUUUUAUUGAGAAGGAAAUUCAGCUUUUCUGGAAAGUAAAUUCAAGUGGAGCAAUGUGCUCUCAGCAAAAUUUUGAUAUGCUAGGAAAAGAUGUGGAAUUUGAGGAAGAACAUAAAAGCCUCUCAGGAAAACCAGAAGCUGGUGAACUGAAACAUUCCCAACUAUCUAGUAGCUUAUGUCAUUUGUCUUCUGGAGAAGAAGGUUCUGUAGAGCUCCCAUUCUACGGUAACAGGAUAGAUAUUGACAAGAUGCAUGACAAUGAGCUUAAAAUCAAGGAACUUCAUGAAGAUAUUAUCUCUGGGAGUGUUCAAGACUCAAGAGAUUACGGGACUAAAUGGCGGGAUAGUUGUCUACAGAAAAAGUGCGGAUCAUCUGAGAUUCUGGGCCAGACCCAUGUGCUGGAUAUCGCAUCAGGAUUCUUGCAUCUUGCUGGUGAUUCAUUAGUACCAACAUCCAUCAGUAGAAAUUGCCUUGAGAAUGCCAGAGUCCUUCAGCAGGUUGAUAAAAAGUUCAUCCCAGUGGUAGCUGGUGGAACUCUUGCUGUCAUCGACCAGCAUGCUGCAGAUGAAAGGAUUCGGCUGGAAGAACUGCGCCGAAAGGUGUUAUCUGGAGAAGCGAAGACAAUUAGCUAUUUGGAGUCGGAAAAAGAGUUGGUGUUGCCAGAGAUUGGAUGUCAACUUUUGCUCAACUAUGGUGAGCAGAUAAAAGAUUGGGGAUGGAUAUGUAAUAUCAAUGGCCAAGGUUCAAGGUCCUUUAGCAAGAAUAUAAACCUUCUCCAGAGGCAGCCAACUGAUGUCACUCUUUUUGCGGUACCAUGCAUUCUAGGUGUAGAUCUGAAUGAUGUGGAUCUCCUGGAAUAUCUUCAACAGCUUGCUGACACAGAUGGAGCAUCAACUAUGCCUCCAGCCGUUCUUCAUGUUCUUAACUUUAAAGCAUGCAGAGGAGCAAUUAUGUUUGGGGACACUCUGCUUCUUUCAGAGUGUUCCCUUAUCGUAGAGGAGCUUAAAGGGACAUCACUCUGUUUCCAGUGUGCUCAUGGACGACCUACCACGGUUCCCCUUGUCGACUUGGAGGCAUUGCAUAAGCAGGUAAAGAGACUGUGCCUGCCAGAUGAUUGUCCAAAUGAUUUGUGGCAUGGACUGCGUCGGUGUGAAAUAAGUCUGGAACGUGCUGCAAAGCGGUUAGAUGUGGCUUCAAGAUAGUGCGUUAUGACUAGACGAGAAUGUUUACUCUGUAUAUUAGUUGAUACGUAUAGCGUAUAGAUUUGUUGUUACAGCACAAUCAAUUUAACUGUACCAAUCAACAUAAAGUUGCGGGGUAACGGUUUGCACCCGCUAAGUUCCCUUAUGCAUUUGUCAAUGCAAUAAAGUUGAAAUCAUGUCAAUGGUGUUCUCAUUGUGA